AUGUCAACAACAGAGAACACAACAACAGUUAUAGUCCAUGAAGCUAUAAAUGAAGAAUAUGAGUACAUACAGUUUAACAAACAACUCCGUCUCAUUUGUUCGGUCAAAGACGAUAUGUACCAAAUGCAAAGUAUUUUGACAGCAUGUUAUGCUCCAGAUACUAAGCUUCCUAAAGACUGGUUUAGGAACCAAAGCACACAAGAACUUUUGAGCGAAGCACAGCGAGACAUACUUUUUUCUGAAAACAGUGAAGAACAGCGAGUAGGUAAAAAACCCCAGUCGCCAAAACUCUAUGAAAAUCGUGAAAAAUUGCCAAACGGUUUGAGAGGAUAUUAUGUACAUAGACUUCUUGUAAAUGCUGUUGCAAUGUGGGCUUCGCCUCGUUAUGCUUGGUAUAUUUACAGACUUCUUGACGAAAUUCAUAGACAAGAACGUGAAGAGAUGGAAAACAAGCUUGAAGCAAAAGACAAAAGCAUUCAGAAAAGAAUACCACGUUCGGUACCAAAAGGAAAGGAAAAGAACUAUAAGUAUAUGAUUUAUACUGAAGAGUUGGAAAAUGAAGAAGAUAAAGAUAUGGUUAUGUUGCAUUUAGUCAGAAGAAACAACAAAAGCUUUUACGACCUUGCUAAGAUUUACAAAUCUGACAGAAAUUGGUUCUAUCGCGAAAACUUACCGAUUUCAAUGACCCCAAAUGAAGAUGUGAAACAAAUAGUUCAAGAUACGUUACCUCAAACACACUAUGAUAUGAAAGGUUGUACAAUACUUACCUUCAAAGAAGACUUACCGCUACUGAAGGAAAAAAUAACAGAGUAUUUUGACAACUUCAAACAAGCAGAGUAA